UUUCACAGCUUCAAUCGACCCUUGGAUGGCAACCCCGUCUCCCUCGCCGCUGUCAUACAAAACGCCACACAUGUCCAAUAUGACACCUUUCAAACUCUUCGCGCAGCCCGGCCAUCCUGAGUCGGCCAUGACGAAGUGGAAACCAACCGCCACGCCUGCCUGCCUGCCAGACACAUCGCAUACCUCCCGGGAACCUUCCGCUUCAAGCAACGAACAGGACAGCCAUCACCGGCGUUUCAAGAGGGUUUUAACUACACUUCACUUCUUUCUGCAACAUAUCACCAUGAAAGGAAUGAUUCUCCAGCUCAGCCGCAGCCUGAGUCGUACUGCCCCUCUCCUCCGUCGCAGCGUCCACUCUGGUACACGCCCCGCCUCCACCGCCGCCUCCAAACAGAGGGCCGAACGCCCACUCACCUCAGAGGAAAUCUACGCUCGUGAGGACAAGUAUGGAGCGCACAACUACCAUCCCCUGCCUGUGGCCUUAGAGAGGGGGGAGGGCAUCUAUAUGUGGGACGUGGAAGGCAACCGGUAUUAUGACUUUCUGAGCGCUUACAGUGCAGUGAAUCAGGGUCACUGUCACCCCAAGAUCAUUGCAGCACUGACCGCCCAGGCCUCCAAACUCACCCUGACUUCCAGAGCCUUCUACAAUGAUGUGCUGGGAGCUUAUGAGGAGUACAUCACCAGGAUGUUUGGUUAUGACAAAGUUUUACCCAUGAAUACAGGUGUGGAAGGAGGGGAGACUGCCUGCAAGCUUGCCCGUAAGUGGGCUUACAAUGUAAAGGGCGUUCCCAAAAACAAAGCCAAAAUCAUUUUUGCAGAGGGUAACUUCUGGGGCCGCACCAUGGCAGCCAUCUCCAGCUCCACUGACCCCAGUAGUUAUGAAGGUUUUGGUCCCUUCAUGCCAGGCUUUGAGCUUGUCCCAUACAACGACAUUCCUGCACUGGAGAAAGCCCUUCAAGACCCAAAUGUUGCAGCAUUCAUGGUGGAGCCCAUCCAGGGGGAGGCUGGUGUGGUGGUGCCUGACCAGGGCUACCUGACCAAAGUCAGAGAACUUUGCACCAAGUACAAAGUGUUGUGGAUUGCUGACGAGGUGCAGACAGGUUUGGCAAGGACCGGCCGGCGGCUGGCUGUGGAUCACGAGAAUGCGCGUCCAGAUGUGGUGAUCCUCGGCAAGGCUCUUUCUGGAGGAGUUUACCCUGUAUCUGCAGUGCUGUGUGAUGAUGAGAUAAUGCUGACAAUUAAGCCUGGGGAACACGGGUCCACAUAUGGAGGUAACCCCGUGGCCUGUCAGGUUGCUAUCGCUGCACUGCAGGUGAUGGAGGAGGAGAAGCUGUCAGAGAACGCUGAAAGGAUGGGGCAGCUGCUGAGGUCUGAGCUGAAUAGACUGCCAAAAGACAUUGUGACUACAGUCAGAGGGAAAGGCCUCCUCAACGCAGUCGUCAUCAAAGAGACCAAAGACUACGAUGCCUGGAAGGUGUGCUUGCGUCUUCGUGACAAUGGACUGCUGGCCAAACCCACCCAUGGUGACAUCAUCCGCUUGGCCCCUCCCCUCAUCAUCAAAGAGGACGAGCUGCGCGAAUGUAUCGAUAUCAUCCAGAAAACCAUCAUGUCCUUCUAAACUACAAGAAUUCAACUGUUCAGCAAUACACAGACAACCACAUUACAACAAUGAUAAUCCACAUUAGCUGGAGUUGUGGCCUGUUAAAACAUAACUUUUUUUAAAAAUCUUUCAUAAGUGGGGGCAUUACUGUAGAAAUACAGUAUACAGAGACUGUAUGGAGAGUGCUUCUGUGAGGCUAGACUGACGAUUUUGUACAGAAAAACUGCUGUAAAGGAAAAGGUUGUGUUAGACUGCCUCAGGAAAGACUGCAGCAAAGAUAGAGGUUUAUUUUAAGUGUUCUAAAUUUGUAUGUACAUUUUAUUGCAUAAUUCAUCUAUUGAGAUGAAUUUUGGAGUGGUCAAUUUACGUUUUUCAGUGGUAAUGAGUGAUGUAAAUAAUGAAUGUGCUGUCUUUAAUGAAACCUUUUUAAUUUUCAAAAAGGAAAAGUGGUUUUACUAGUGAAGCAUGAAGGAGUCUGGAGUUACAAAGGCUUUAUUUGAAUUGAUUAUGCGGUUAAAUCUGACCUGACUAUUAUACUAUUGUUCUGUGCUACAAGUUACAAAUCCAAGUUGCUGAAUGGAAAUCUUGUCUACAGUAUCCAAUAUAACGUAGUUUCCUGGUAUCGUAUAGAUUGCAAACUACAUUUCUAAUAGACAGCAGUUAGUCUGUCAAGCUACUGAUGCCUACUAAUAUAAACCUUGUGGAUCCAGUCUUGUUACACACCAGCUAGUCUGGGUAUUUUAAAACUUCAAGAGCAGAGCUUCUGCACAUCCUUAAAAAGCCUUGAAAUGUAUAUGAUGUUCUAGGUGUUGAAAUUGUUUUUAUAAAAAAUUAAAAAAAAAAAUCAUAAUUGCACUUUCUGACAACUCUAAAAGUUUAAGUGGCUUUAAUUUCCAAUACAAAUAUGACCACAUGUUAUUGUUGUAGCUGCCUGAUUUCAUUUUACACAGGUUAUAUGUUUUACUGUGGAAGAAAUAUUUUCUGGCAACUGUUGAAACUGAACAAAUAAGUUUUUGCUCUUUAUACUCAAUAAUUUGGUAUAUAUGAUUUCUGCAAGAACACACUGUGUAAGGAUUAACAAGUGUUGGGAGGACUCACGCUGGUAGCAAAGGCUGUUUGGUUUGAGAUAUUUACAGUAUCUGUACUUUGUUUCAUUGAACUUUCUGAUGAAUGUUUUAUCUAUAAUAAAACGAUGUAAAUAUUGUCUUUUCAAAGGCGAUAUCAUCUUUAAGUUGUUACAUAAUACAUUUUUCUUUAAAUAAAUUAUUGCAGUCUUA